AUUCACCGCGAAGUUAGGGAAAGUUAGGUCUGUGACUUUGGCCAAGCGAGGAAGCCUGGACGGAGACGCUGGUUUUUGUUACUGGUUAACUCUGCCGCGGUUUUCGGGUGAGGACCCGGCGGUGACCAGCAGGGCUGCGACGCUCGCGCCUCGGGCCUUCGCUGCGCCUCGCCCUCCCAGUCCGUGGGGUUGGCUUUGACAUUCACAGAUGUCGCAGCACCUUGCAGGGCACGGGGCAGCCCAGCCCGGGUUACGUUACGAUUUCAUCAGCCAUUAGAAAAAGACCCACAAAGUCGAGCUGAAAAGUUCCCAAACUUACUAGACUUGCCCCCCUCCUUCUUACUGAAAGCUGAAAGGUUUUCUUGUGAUCACGAAACAUUACAGCAGAGUGACCCAAAAAAAGAUUGUUAUGGGACACAGAUCAAGGGGAAGACAAAGUUCUGCUUUUUUUUUUUUUUUUCCCCCUGAGCGGAGAGUCAGAUCAGAUAGGCAGGUGCAGUGUUCAUUUUAAGCGGCCGUAGCAGGUUGCAUCAGUUUAUUAAUUUGUCUCAUUGAACUGAAGUACUUUCCAGGAUUUCAGAAAGUGCAGUUUCACCUUGUUGAUAGUGAGAGUUGAAAUUUGCAUGUAGUGGCAAUGUGAGAAAUUUUAUUGAGUAGGUUGUAGGAGAUAAAUAGUUAAAAUUAAGAGGGAAAUAAUAAGGUGAACCCGCCUGUAGUAAUAGUUCUGUAUAGUCUCCCAGCAUUGAGACAUGUAUGCCAUUAUCUUGGCGGAAAAAAAAAAAUGAAAGUACCGUAAUAAUGUUGAAAUGGGACUGGAGAUGUCAAUUGGGUUGGUUUAAAAAUAUCCCUAAGCUGCCUUUGAAACUAAACGUUGGAGUUGAAUAAAAGUGAAUCUGGAUUUCCUGAAUAGCACCGUGGCUUGAGUGUGCUGUCAGUAUGUGAGCCAGUCCACCAACUUAAGACAGAAGUGUUGCUAUUCCAUAAAUACAGUAGAACUCCAUAUGCUGAGUUUUUCAAUUUCUUUCUGUUAGAAAGUUUGGAAAAAAAGGGAGACUUUGAAGUAUUUUGUUUAUACUAACAGAAGAGAAAAGUUCUCCUAAGAAAAAGCUGGUGGCAGGAGUGUAGAGGAGUAGCAUAUGGCAUUAAAAGGAGCACAGCUGGAGGUAGCAUUUCCAUCUGAACAUGAUGUCAGAGCAGCUGACAGCCUGCCAUCCCUCAGCCUUUUAUUCUAACACACAGACAGGGAGUUAGUGUGUGCGGAUCUGUGGUGGAGAAGGUAUCUUAUUCCUCUCUAACAUCAUCUCCACUUUGCAUCUGUCUCUCUUAGUCCGCUUUUUUUCCACCGAUGUAACAGACCUGGAGCCAGCGAGACCCAGAGGAAAGGACUUAAUCAGGUUUAUGUGUCCUAAAGAAAACAAGGGCAGCAAUGCAGAUUUGAAAGAAUAGAAGCUAGUGGGAAAACAAAAUAUAUCAAGUUUUAUUGAAACAAAGUAUUUUCUGUUGAAUGAGGUUAUGAAGACAGUAUGGAGUUUCCAGACCACAGUAGACAUUUGCUGCAGUGUCUGAGCGAGCAGAGGCAUCAGGGCUUCCUUUGUGACUGCACUGUUCUGGUGGGAGAUGCCCAGUUCCGCGCGCACCGAGCUGUACUGGCUUCAUGCAGCAUGUAUUUCCACCUCUUUUACAAGGACCAGCUGGACAAAAGAGACAUUGUUCAUCUGAACAGCGACAUUGUUACAGCCCCGGCUUUCGCUCUCCUGCUUGAAUUCAUGUAUGAAGGGAAACUCCAGUUCAAAGACUUGCCCAUUGAAGACGUGCUAGCAGCUGCCAGUUAUCUCCACAUGUAUGACAUUGUCAAAGUGUGCAAAAAGAAGCUGAAAGAGAAAGCCACCACGGAGGCAGACAGCACCAAGAAGGAGGAAGAUGCCUCCAGUUGCUCGGACAAAGUUGAGAGCCUCUCGGACGGCAGCAGCCACAUGGCCGGCGAUCUGCCCAGCGACGAGGACGAGGGCGAAGACGAAAAACUGAACCUCCUGCCCAGCAAAAGGGACUUGGCGGCCGAGCCCGGGAACAUGUGGAUGCGCUUGCCCUCCGACUCGGCAGGCAUCCCCCCGGCAGGCGGGGAGGCCGAGCCACACGCCACAGCAGCUGGAAAAACAGUCGCCAGCCCCUGCAGCUCCACAGAGUCUUUGUCCCAGAGGUCUGUCACCUCCGUGAGGGAUUCGGCAGAUGUUGACUGUGUGCUGGACCUGUCUGUCAAGUCCAGCCUUUCGGGAGUUGAAAAUCUGAACAGCUCUUAUUUCUCUUCACAGGACGUGCUGAGAAGCAACCUGGUGCAGGUGAAGGUGGAGAAAGAGGCUUCCUGUGAGGAGAGCGAGGUUGGCACUAAUGACUAUGACAUGGAACAUAGCGCUGUGAAAGAGAGUGUGAGCACUAACGCCAGGGUACAGUAUGAGCCGGCCCACCUGGCUCCGCUGAGGGAGGACUCGGUCUUGAGGGAGCUCGAGCGCGACGACAAAGCCAGCGACGAUGAGAUGAUGACCCCGGACGCUGAGCGCGGCCCGGUGGAGGGCGGCAUGGAGAGCAGCCUGCUGCCCUACGUGUCCAACAUCCUGAGCCCGGCCGGCCAGAUCUUCAUGUGCCCGCUGUGCAACAAGGUCUUCCCCAGCCCACACAUCCUGCAGAUCCACCUGAGCACGCACUUCCGCGAGCAGGACGGGCUACGCAGCAAGCCGGCCGCCGACGUCAACGUGCCCACCUGCUCGCUGUGUGGCAAGACUUUCUCGUGCAUGUACACGCUCAAGCGCCACGAGAGGACUCACUCAGGCGAGAAGCCCUACACGUGCACGCAGUGCGGCAAGAGCUUCCAGUACUCGCACAACCUGAGCCGCCACGCCGUGGUGCACACGCGCGAGAAGCCGCACGCCUGCAAGUGGUGCGAGCGCAGGUUCACGCAGUCCGGGGACCUGUACAGACACAUCCGCAAGUUCCACUGUGAGUUGGUGAACUCCUUGUCUGUCAAAAGCGAAGCCCUGAGCUUGCCCACUGUCAGAGACUGGACCUUAGAAGAUAGCUCUCAAGAACUCUGGAAAUAAUUUUAUAUAUAUAUAAAUAAUAUAUAUAUAUAUAUAUACAUAUAUAUACAUAGAUCUCUAUCUAGUUGUGGUACGGUCUAAAAGCAGCCUUGUUUCCUGGAACUAAAACGUCGGGGUGUUAACUCGGUUUUGCACUUUAGAGUAGCAUGAGACUCUCACUAAUUUAGCAUUCUGGUAAAAGAGACUUUCGAGCAAGUCGGAGACUAGAGAGGGCUUUUUCUUUCGAGGGGGUAGGGGAAGGAAGCCAAUAAGAACCUUGGAAACAACUCGUCCUAUCACAAGAUGCUUUCACAGGGCUUAAUUUUGUCGACACUGCAUUGUCUUCUGAGCUCGCUCUCUCUCUCUCUCUCUCUCUCUCUCUCUCUCUUUUUCCACUUUGUUUUGGUUUUGUGUUUUUGUUUUGUUUUGGUUUUGUUUGGGUUUUUGUUUUUUCCUUUUCAGAGUAGAAAUUCCCUCCAGUUUUCUUAGCCUCUUUAUAUGUCACAAAUUGCAUGAAUCUUUUCUGGCUGUUGGAAACCUGAAUGCUUUUAGACCCAAAUGGAAAAUUUCUGAAAUGCUGGAUUAUCUAUUUUUAAACAAGCAGUUGACUUAAAACUUUCUGUGGCAACUUCUGGUUUUCUGACGGUUCCCAAUGAGAGAAAUUCUGAAAGUACACUGGGAUCACUGGGACGCUGUCUUUGUGAAGGUUUGCUUGGGAUGAAAAAGGAUAUUGCAGCUUCAGCAGUGUUGAACUGUGUGUUGAAAAAUGUGAAUUACUGUUCUUGUAUACUGUAACUGAUUACACGGGCUGGGGGGGGUGUCAAAGAACUUGACAGGUUGUGUUGAUGCUCUUAGUUGAGUCUUGAAAAGUAAAUAUUAACGCUACAGAAAUGCAUGAGUUUCAAUAUAUUUUUUGUCUUUGUUUGCAUUGUAUAACUUUAACGAGUGAGUUUAAAAUUAUUUAAUUUCCUUAGAAAAAAAAUAGCACCGUUUGGGGAAAAAAACUGGUGUUAUGAAGAACGUAAAUGCACUGUUUUUAUUUUUAUUUUAUAUAAUUUAAAUUGACUUUCCCACUGUCCUUAAGUUGAAACUGUUAAGCUGAAUAAAAACUUAAGCUGCAAAUUGAUAACUUCGCUACAUAACAAGGAAAAUAUAAAUGUUUACAAACGGCUUAAAGAUUUGCAUGUGCAGUGUGCAUUUAUAACAAACUUCUAAUUGCACAAAACCCAUGCCAGCUCAAAAGUUUAGGUGUACACAUUUACCCAGUUGAGCAUUUUUAGAGUAACUACUGCACAAAUUGACAAUAGGUCAUUCUCUCUCUUCUUUUUUUUUUUUUUUGGGAUUUUUUUGGGGGGCUCCCCUUCUCUUUUUCUUCCUUCUCCCUCACCCACCCACCCUCCCUCCCUCCCUCUCUCCCUCCCCUUCAUUGCCCCCCCCCCCCCCCCAAACUCAUGAAAAGAUUCUAUGGACUGAAAAAGCCCCGGGCUGAAAGGACUGGACUGCCUUGAUUGACGUGGGUUAGGUGGGGAAGGGGGUUAGUGGACUCUGUGUAUCGGGGCAGCAGAGGCUGCAGCCCAACGUGUGGUUUUCAUGACCAACACGCAGGGCAAAAGCAUUUUGCACAGUGUUUGUUUUCCUGUCUUGCACUUACAAAUAAGGUCUAUGGGAGUAGCAUGGAAAACGUUUGCUGUUUUUCCCUUUUUUUUUUUAAUUGCUUUUGUUUAAAAUUUGAUCGCCUUAACUACUGUAAACAUAGCCUAUUUUUGUGCUUAAGAUACUGAAUGGAAAACUCCAUUGUGUGUUGCUGGACUGUUUUGGAAAUAUUUGGUCAAAUGUGUGUUAAUUUGGCUGUAAUGGCAUUUAAAGCAAACAAACAAACAAAAAAAGCUGUGAAAAUGGCCUUGGAGCAUUAUUUUUAGUUACUUGAAGAGUUUUUAGUUUUUUUUUAAAAUACAGUUUAUGUUAAAAUAAUUUUUAUUAAUUUAGAAGAGACAAUCAAUGUCUGAGAAAACGGACUUUCUUUUGGAUUUUCUUUUUUGUGGUCAUUGUGAGUGAUUGCUUUUUCCUUUUAUUAGUUUCACAUUCUUCCUUUGUUCUAAACCUUAGACUGACAUCUAGCUUUGACAAUCAUAGUAUGUUUUAUUUUCCUGAGGGGGGAAUAACUUAUAAUGCUGUUUAGUUUUGUACUAUUGGUGUGUUGGUGAAUUUUUAAACUGUGUGCUAACUGCAAUAAAUUAUAUGAACUGAGAA